AUGCAGAUGCAGGAAGCACGUUGGAAAAAAACAAAUGUUUAUCCGGCAAUUUUCAUACUAUUGCCAGACAAGAAAGAGUCUACUUACAUGGAAGUCUUCCUGAAAUUGAAAGCAAAAUACCCGAAACGGAACCCAAAGUUAAUAAAAAUCGAUUAUGAAGCUGCAGUCAUAAACGCAUCCAAAGAAGCGUUCCCGAAUGCCCAGGUAUCUGGUUGCAGUUUUCAUUUCAAUCAAUGUUUAUGGAGGCGAAUUCAACAUAUUGGACUGGCAGCCGAAUAUAGAGAUGAUGAAGAUAUCAGAAAAUUUUGCAAAAUGUGUGCUGCAUUGGCAUACUUGCCUCCACAUCUUGUGGAAGACGCGUGGCUCUUUAUAAUGGCAGAUGCCCCAAAGAACGAAAAAGUUGACAAAUUUGUUGAUUAUUUUGUUACCCAGUGGAUGGUUAAUGCGAAAGUGGACAUUCAAGUGUGGAAUGUAAACGAUCAGAAGCAUCGGACAAAUAAUGCUGUUGAAGGAUGGCAUUCAAAGCUAAAUCAUAUUAUAGGAAAACAUCAACCCAACGUCCACCUUUUAAUCAAAUGCUUAAAAGAUGAGGCUAUAAAAGUUUCUCAUUUGAUAAAGCGGAGAAAAUUAGGUGACUUUGGUUGUAAUAGGAAGAGACAGUAUGUCGAAUUAGAUGAACGCAUCAACAACAUUUUGGGAGACUUUUAUGAAACUGGAGAUCCUUAA